UCCAUGUAGACAUAAGUGAAAAACUGAAUAAUUUCCGAAAAAUAAAACAAAUUCUAAAAUAUAAAAAUUACUUAGAAAAUUGUAUAUACAAAAUAAAGAUUAAGAAAAAAUAAAAUAUAUUUUAAUUAAAAGUAAAUUAAUAACGAAAAUUAAUUAAAUAUUAAACUAACAAAAGUCUAUAGUUAUUAAAACAAGGAAUAAUUAAAUAUAUUAAGAAAAAAAUAGAAAAUUUAAAACCUUGAAUAUUAUUAUCGUAUAGCUGAAGCAAGCAAAAAGGGACAACAGCAACAAAAAGCAAUUACAAUAACUAUAUCCAGCAUACAUACAUACAUAUAUACAUAAAGCUAAAAUAAAAAGUGUAAUUAAAAUUUAAACUUGAUGAAAAUAAGCUUUCAAUAAAGAUAUUACAAAUUAAAAAAUAAAUAAACAAUUGGAAAAAAGAAACAGACAAAUUUCAACACAAAUAUGGAAGAUUUAUUUCUAUUGAUAAUAAAGGAGUCUACAGGGACUAAACAUAAUGCCCUUCGACAGACUGCACAAAUAGCAUACGAUAAAUUAUAUCGACAACAUGGUAUACAUCGAGAUCCAUCACAUGAAUUGCGUUCGGUGUGCUUUACAGCACUGCAAAUGGCAUUAGACACCAAGCGACCAAAAUUUGUAACAAUGGGCUUAAACGGAUUGCAUAGAAUAAUAAAAGAUGAACGUUUCUAUAUUGGCCUGGAGCCGGAAGAUGAUUCGGUAUGGUUGCCAGCACAACUAUUGAGGGCCACCUCUAGUAUAUUGCCUACAACCAGUAAUGAAGAUACCGUGGUUAAUGUUUUAAGACUUUUUCUGGCUAUGGCUUGUUCUCCUGCUUGUACCCUAAAUGGACGUCUACUUAUCGAGAUUCUCUCACGUUGUGGGGAAUGCUGGGAAUUGGGUUCGAGAGCCACUAAAGCGGCUUCUUUAGCAGCUGCUUCACAAUGUUUAAGAACAUUUUGUACUUUUCUCAUAGAAGAGGCAGAGGAUGUCAAGAAAACCGCCCCUGCUGGUUUAAUGACACAAACUCAGGCUACCGCCGUAUAUAAUGAGGUAAUACCGGUAAUGCAGUGGCUUUGCAGUCGUUUGGUGGAACCAAAUGUUACCAGUUCACCUAAUAAAAAAGUGGAGAACACUUGCACUCUGUAUUUAACGGAAUGUAUAUUAACAUUGACUUCAUCGUUGCCACGUAACGUAUACGCCAAUCCACAUUUUACUUCAUUUUUAUGGCAAAAGUUUUGCCCUACUUUGGCGGCUGCAUUGGGUUCUCCGGGAAGAGUAAAUUUGGAUAAAAAAUUUACUUAUAAAGAUGCUUUACACAUUAUAGAAAAUGAGGCUAGAGGGUUUUUUACUGGUCCUGGCUUGGAUGGUGCUCAAGCCCGUUGUGUUUAUCUUACGGGUAUUCAACUGUUAAGAAUAGCUGGCUCUCAUGGCUCUUUAAGGCCCAUGUUAGAAGCUUUAUUCCAUCGCAUGCUUUUGCUGCCUACACCACAAAAUCGUACAGAACCAUUAAAAUGCGUACGAGAAAUUUUCCGUAGUCCAGAACGUUUAAUCGAUUUAGCUGUGAUUCUUUAUGCCGACAAAACUACUGUCCAGGGCUGUAGUGAUGAAAUGGCUCUCUUUAGAUUAAUGAUCGAUGCAAUGGAAGAAUGUGCUUAUGGCGCCGGAAACAGUACAGUAGUCGAGGCCAGUUUACAAGCAAGUGUUGAAUGCAUGGUAGCCCUGCUACAAAGUCUACAAGUACUUUGUACCGGCGAAUUGACAGAAGCAAUGAUAAGUGAUCAAAUUGUCAAUGUAGUAAACUCACGUUACGGGCAAUUAAAAGAUGCCGACUAUACAGGACCUUUAACCUAUCAGUCAAUGGCUCGUUUACCGGCAUCUUAUCGUGAUGCUGUCGUUGAAUUUCGGCAAAGUGUUUAUGAAGCUUCGUCGGGAUCAGAAAGUGAUGGUGAUCAUCAUAUAGAAAAUGAUGCGGCUUCGAAUGGUUCUGGCGAUACUGAGGGACCCGAAGAUGAAGAACAUUCUACAUCUAGCGAUGAGGCUUCAAGAGCUGAACUUAAUCGCUGGCCAUAUACUAAUCUGGAAGUGCCAGUAAUUCCGGUACGUUCCGAUGUUGACACCGAUCGUCAACAUGCACGGGAUUUUGCUAAAGCUUUACACUCCGAUUUGGUUCCUAAACUAUUGCGUUUACGCUCAUGUAUUGAAGUCGACGAGGCCAUGCAGGAGUUUGCCUCAGCUGUGUGUCAAGAGAACAGCGCCAAUAUUUCCGAUUUUGAUUAUAACUUUACAGUCAUUAAUGCUGAUGGCAUAUAUUUGGCCAUUUACUCAGCUUUACUGCUAAGUUGGCAACUAAAGAAAGCCGGCUAUUAUGCAGACAUGCAAAAGGAGAUAAUGAUACCCAUGUCUGAGCAACAGUUUGUUACAUCCGUCCAGAAUACCGGCGUCUUGGUAUAUCUAUCCUCAGCUUGGUUAUGUGAAUUGUAUCAGAGUGUAUUGGUUCUAAAUAUAUUAGAAUCUCUAGACAGUAAUGACCAGGAGGGAGGUAAUAAUCGUUGUGCCUUGAUCGAUAUGUUAUGUGAUGCUGGUGGUUUAGGGGCUACACAAAUGAUGUCCGAGUGGCAAAGACUUCAGUCCGCUAAUGUUAAGUAUACGGAUGAUGAACACAGUACUGCAAGGCGUGAAGCUGCUAAGAAACUAAGUCGACGUUUGCUAACCUGUUGUUGGGAUUCCAUGGUUUUGGUAUUAAGUUCAGGAUUAGGUGAUUUGCCAUCUUCCAGUUCGAGUAAAUUUGUGGCAUUAUCUAAACGCACGUUGAGGGUUAAAAGCAAAACUGCCAAAUCGAAUGGCGAGGCUUUAUAUGCCAUGUGUUUGGAUGGUCUACACUCGGCUGCUACAUUAAGCAAUAACCUUAACUUACAACACUUGGCUGGUAAGAUUCUUAACUUAUUAGCUUCGAACGUUUGCCAAACGACGGGACCGCGUAUUUCUGCCAGUCAGGCUUUGUCGAUGGAUGUCGUGCUUAGUGGAGGUCUUAAUUUAGGUUCCUAUAGUCCAGAUUGCUGGCAAUCUAUAUUCGCCGUUUGUCGUCAUGUCAGCCAGUUGGAGCAUGAGAUAUUUAGCAUGCGUAAUCCUUCGGUACCAACGUCAUCGCCAAAUGGCAAUCGUGACAUAGAGACAGGAGAAAAAUUGCAAUGUAAUGGUGGUCAAAAUGAAAAACUUAAUUUGGCGUCCAUACCCAUAGAUGAUGAUGAAACUUGUGUUGAUGUCUAUAGCUUCCUACAAGCUCCACUACGUAGUCCCAAUACAAAUAUUACUUCGAUUCUUAAAGUCUAUUCGGGCACCAACGAAACUGUGCUACUGAGUCCAAGCGAUACAACCAAAGUUCUUUGUGGGCUGUCCCAGCAGGCUGAAAAUCUCUUUAGUGAUGCAGCCGAACGUUUAAGUUUGCCUUCAUUAUGCCAGUUUUUGAAAAAUCUCUGUAGGGCCUCCAGAGAACAGUUAUACAAGAAUAACACCACACGUAAAGGCAGUCGAGUUUGGUGGCCCAGCAAGGGUUGGCGUAAACAUGAUACUUUGCCUAUGUCUUUACUUUUGCAUCGUAUAGGUGAUGUUACUUUAAAAGUAUUUCGCAGCCCUAGGCCCUUAUUACACAUUCUCAAGAUAUGGGCCAUAACGGGGCCGCAUCUAAUGGACGCCGCUUGUCAUCGCGAUCGUGUUAUAUCAAAGCGAGCUAUAGAGUAUAUACAUGAUAUAGUUACGGCUUUAUUGGUGGAACAAUCUGAACUACCCUACUUCCACUUUAAUGAGGCUUUACUGAAACCAUUUGAGAAUCUUUUAAGCAUGGACUCAUGCGAUUCUGAUGUUCAGGAUCAAAUUGUGGCAUGUUUAUACGAAAUCGUGGAAGCUCAUCGUACUGAAAUACGUUCGGGUUGGCGUCCCUUGUUUGGCACUUUACGCAAUGCCAGAAGCCGCAUGUUAAACGCAAGCAAUAUCAUCGACAUAUUUAGAGUAUUUUUAGAUUCUGACAACACUUUGGUUUUUGCUAAUGCGGGCCUCGAUUGUAUUUUGUGCUUACUAUCAUUUCUCGAGGUACCCGGCGCUGGAGGAGGGGGUGGUGGAGGUGUGGGCGGAGGUGGUGGAGGUGUGGGCGGAGGUGGUGGAGGGAGCGGUUCGAAUAUUGGCUCAUCUUCGGGUGGUGGUGGCGUUUCAAAUGAUGAUGAGAAUAACUUUAGACCCACAGAAUUCUUGCAUGAAACUUUACGUUUCCUAGAACGUUGCUCUUCCAUUUUAGGUUUCAUGUACAAUAUGCCGAAAUGCCCGAAUUUCCAUUCCACCUACAAGAUCAAGGGUAUUUCUUACACACACAUUAUUGAUGCCAACAUACCCAAUUCCAUGGAAAAUUUCACAUAUUUUGGCAACGAUUAUUUACAAACUAAAAAUGAACAACAUAUGAUUUCAUAUCGCUCAUUGCACAUCGACAAGGAGACCAUAGUAAAAAUCGAUGAAAUGGACAAACCUUCAGGUGUACUUAAAGUAUGGUUUCUUCUCUUGGAUGGUCUAACCAACUCCUUAAUAGUUUGUCCCUAUUCACAUCAGGCUCCCAUAUUGCAGACAAUCUUUAAGCAUUUUAAGAAUCUACUAACAAAUCCUGGCAUAGAAUUUGGUUUCUAUUGCAUUAAUCACUUAUUAAUACCCAUGAUACAGGAUUGGUUGAGGUAUAUCAAUAAGACCGGCACCUCUUGGCAAAUGGUGGAGAAAAAUUUCAAGCAUUGCUGUUGCAUGACCACUGAUUUAGUGGUAGAUUUUAUUAAAAUGUCUUUGCCCGAAGUGCGCAAACAGGCAACGAAUACUAGGACUCGUGUUACACAGAUAGUGCAACCCAAGGAUAAUGCUUAUUCUAAGUUGAAGUUUGUUACCGAGCCGGUGGAAGAGAGAGUAGCUAAUGGUGUUGGAGGAGCGCAAUAUGACAGUACUUCCAGCGAGGAAAGUUCUCAAGAUUCUAAAGAGACCAGCACAAAAGUAUCUAACUCGGCUACUUUGGCCUUGAAACAAUUGCUUUUGGUGCUUAUCGAAUGUGCCGCCCAGGUUCAAGAAACAGUGGCUCGAGUUGGUGUUUCCUGUUUAAAACAUGUUAUACUCUCUACCGGCACUUUGUUUAAUGAAUACCAAUGGAUGAUAGCCUGCUCGGCUAUACAUAGGGCCUGUACUGUAACCAUAGCACCAUUGCGCCAAUUAUCUUUUGCUUUCCAUGAAAAAUCUAAUAGUUUUUAUGGCGACUGUGCUAAUGUUAAGGUGGCCGCUAGACGAGACAGCACCAUUGAUGAAUUGACACGCAUUUAUUCACUGGCCCAGCAGGUGUUUCUUUCUGAUAAUCAGCGUGAACCGGGAGCUAAAUUAAACAAUCAUUUGGAUAAACAUUUAACUGAUGAUCGCAGCUAUUCGUUCCUUUUGUAUCCCCAAAAUAAUGGCUUCAAUUCCAAUCUCGAUAAUUUUGUUAUAAGAAUACCCUUCAAGACCCUAGUGGUGGGUUUGUUGGCCAAUCAAAUGCUUUUACAAUUGGUGGCCAAACUUUUGCUGUCCCGUUUAAAAUGUGUACCACAGGCUGUGUCCACUUGUAUUUUUGACAACUACACCACCGCUACACAACAAUGCUAUGACUAUGACUUGGAUUUCCGUUCCAAGGAGAUACUAUUACGUUGUUGCUUGCAGUUCCUAACUAGUGCAUUGGAAUUUGAUUCUCGUCCUGGUCUUAAGUUUCUUAUGCAAAAGGUGGCCAAUAUAGAGUAUGCGGCAAAUCUAUACAAACAGAUGACUUCCUCUUGGAUGAUUUACUAUAUAGCUUUGGUCGAUUCCUAUUUAAACGAUAUUGUUAUUUACAACCUAGGACCAGAGGAUUUGAAUUUUAUUCUGGAAUCCUGCUCACGUCUUAACACCACUAAGGUCAAGAAAAAGGAGAACUUUGUUAGAUACUUAUUUUGCCUACAAGAUGCCUGGAAUCUGGUGUGUGAACUGUACUUAAGCAACUCUACUUUGCAUGAUAUAGAAAAUGGGCGUUUACGUUCGGGAGAGGCGCAACUUAAUACUUCAGCAAAAAAUAUCAAAUCUAUGUGUAUUACUUUGAAUGGCAAUAUAGAAAAUGGCAGCUCCACUGGACUGGCCGAAAACAACGAUUAUUCACCCCAAAGAUUAACACAAUCACCCGAAGAGGAAAGCGUUACCAUGACCACAUUAAUCAGUGAGUUUCAACCUAAAAGCCGUAAUAAUCCAUUCGAUACAAAUCGUCCCCAAAAACCCGAAUCGGAAACUAUAUCACCCGAAAUCGAACAACAAAGAGCUACCAGCAUUCUUAAAGACUCCAAUUAUAAGAGAGCCGCUUUAGCGCAAUUAGUAGUGGCUUCUAUGGAAUUGCUAAGAUCACUACCCGGUGAAGCGGAGGGUAAUCUAAAACUACUAAUGACGCCGACAAUACGUGAAGCAUUCCGUUUGGUGCAGUUGCAAGGCAACGAACUAAAAGUUAACCAAUUUUAGGUUUUGCUUGUUGAGUUUUAUUUUGACUUGUAAGUGUGUAUUAAUAAUAUGUAUGACAAGCGCAACAGAGCUUUUAAUCCAACCAAAAAAUCCAAAAUAUCUUUCUCUUUUUUAAACUUUAAAUCCUGAAUUCCCUGCAAAACUCUUUUUCACACACUCAUAUAUUUACAUACACAUACCCACCAUAAAGUAUAAAUAUUAAUUAUAAAAAAUAUACAUAUUUACAUACUGCAACUACUAAAACAUUAAACAAAAAUCCUAGCCGCCCAUUACCGCCCAUUAUAAGAUUAUUAUAAAUAUAUAUACAUAUUUAUAUACAUAAAUAUACCUAUACAUACAUAUUAUACAUUAAUAUAGUAUAUUAACUAAUGAAAUGUAUAGUAUAUAUAAUUAAAAAAUCUAGUCAUAUAUUGCCUGCUUUUAUAAAAAGCUUCUAUAUUUAUAUAUGUAUAUUUAUACAAAAUUUUUUAGUUUCAUAAAUUUAUAAAUUUUGGUUUAAAAGGGUGUUGAAUACUUUAGUAAACCCAAUUAAAGAGAUCUAUGAACUGAUCUUACUAUUGCUUUUAACACCUUAAGUUUCCCCUUCUUAUUUGCUCAUUUAGUUUUAUAAAAUAUUUAUGUUUAAAAACCUAAACUAUAAAAAAUUGGUACGAUUGGAAGUGAAAUAUUAUAACAAAAGUGACUCAAAGUAAAAACUCAACAGAGAUAUCAGGAAUUUACUACUAAAGCAACAUUUAAUUAUGUAUUAAACUCUCUCUCUCUUUCUCUCUAACUAUCUCUAUCUAUUAGUCUCAGUCUCAUUCUAUCUCUUUUAAUGCACCUAGCAGCUACAACAAAAUAUUGUCUAUACGUCUGUAUAAAGAAAUUAUCAUUAAAGACAAGCCUAUUUAGUAAAAGUAAAUAUAUGUAAUAGUAUUUCAUUAUUUACACACAAUAUUUCAAAUCACUCGACUUCAUUUAGUCAUAUACUACAUAACUACAUAGGUAUAUAGAAUCGUAUUUCAAAAAAAUAAAGGUUUCAAAACCAUAAAUAUGCAAAUAGUAUUUACGAUCUAAAGUAUUGUUUAAUAUCUGUUAGUAUUGUUUAGCUGCUUUCGAAAUUUAGUUAAACUUUUAUUAGUUGAACUUAGUUGAUAUUUUGUAGAUUUAUAGUUUUCAAUAUAAUUUAAGAAUAAAAAGUUGAAAAUUUAUUUAAAAUUUUAGAUCAUUAUAUAUAUUUCAAGUUUUGAUCCUAGAUAAUUUUAUGGGUUUAACUAUCGGCCAGUCUAUAGUCGUGAUUUAUCUAUAGUUUAAUUUAUAGACUUGCCUAUUAUUGGUCUUUGGACUUGACUGAAGAUUAGUCUUUAGUCUUGGCUACAGGUCAGUCUAUUGGCAUUACUAUAUAUCAGUUUAUGGCAUUAACUACAGAUAAUUUGAAAGACUAUAGUCAUUGUUGGCUAUAUUUUAGACCUAAAUCUUGACCAAAAAUCAGUAUUAGAUCUGGACUAAAGAUAGAUCUAUAAUCUUGAUUAUAGAUCAGCCUUAAAUAUUGACUCUAGAUCUGUUUCUAGUCUUGAUCUUUACUAUAGAUUAAUAUUUACUCUUGACUAUAGAUCAGACUAUAGACUGAUCUAUAAUCAAGACUUUAGACUGAUUGAGACUAUAGACUGGCCAUAGUAAAGACUAUAGACUGAUCUGUAGUCAAGACUAUAG